AUGAACGAGAAUUUUUCUGAGAAGGAAAAUCUAAUUGUUUCUUCGAUUUAUGUCAGGAUAUUUAGUAUCUUUCAUUCCGAUACGCUUAUUUCCGUCCGACUAUCUUUUAGGGUUUCUUCUUUGGCUUUUCUUUAUUCAUUAUCUAUCUAUCUAUCUAUCUAUCUAUCUAUCUAUCUAUCUAUCUGUCUGUUUUAUUCUGUUCAUAUCUAUCUAUCUAUCUAUCUAUGUUACUGUGUUCAUAUCUAUCUAUCUAUCUAUCUAUCUAUCUAUCUUCUAUUUCAUUCUGUUCAUAUCUAUCUGUUUUAUUCUGUUCAUAUCUAUCUAUCUAUCUCUCUCAUUCUGUUCAUAUCUAUCUGUUUUAUUCUGUUCAUAUCUAUCUAUCUAUCUAUCUAUCUAUCUAUAUUACUGUGUUCAUAUCUAUCUAUCUAUCUAUCUAUCUAUCUCAUUCUGUUCAUAUCUAUCUAUCUAUCUAUCUAUCUCAAUCAGUUCAUAUCUAUCUAUCUGUUUUAUUCUGUUCAUAUCUAUCUAUCUAUCUAUCUAUCUAUCUAUCUAUCUAUCUAUCUAUCUCAUUCUGUUCAUAUCUAUCUAUCUAUCUAUCUAUCUAUCUAUCUAUCUAUCUACUCGUUUCAUCUAUCUAUCUAUCUAUCUAUCUAUCUAUCUAUCUAUCUAUCUAUCUAUCUAUCUUGCUUCGCUUUAGUCGAAGAUUAUUAA